AACGGAAAUACCUUUCACGACAACUUCCGGAGGAGGCCGCCAUGGCUGCCCGCGACGAGGUUCUGGCUUUGAGGACUGAAGUUGCCCAGCGUGAGGAAGAGCUGAGUUCCCUGAAGCAGAGGUUGGCUGCGGCUCUUUUGGAGAAGCAGGAAUCUGAGUCAGAACGGCUGGUUCUAGUGUCGCCGCUUCCUCCGAAGGCCGCCCUGUCCCGAGACGAGAUUCUGCGCUACAGUCGGCAGCUCGUGCUGCCUGAAUUGGGCGUGCACGGACAGUUGCGCCUGGCGACCGCCUCAGUGCUGGUCGUGGGCUGUGGUGGGCUCGGCUGCCCAUUGGCGCAGUACCUGGCAGCGGCCGGCGUUGGUCGCAUUGGCCUGGUGGACUACGACGUAGUAGAGAUGAGCAACCUGCCCCGCCAAGUGCUGCAUGACGAGGCACUGGCCGGGCAGGCCAAGGCCUUUUCGGCGGCCGCCGCGCUGCGCCGCCUCAACUCGGCGGUGGAGUGCGUGCCCUAUGCUCAGGCCCUUACGCCAGCCACCGCGUUAGACCUGGUCCGCCGCUAUGACGUGGUUGCCGACUGCUCGGACAACGUGCCUACUCGCUACCUGGUUAACGACGCAUGUGUGUUGGCGGGCCGGCCUCUCGUGUCGGCCAGCGCCCUGCGCUUCGAGGGCCAAAUUACAGUCUACCACUAUGACGGCGGGCCUUGCUAUCGCUGCGUCUUUCCCCAGCCACCCCCAGCGGAGACGGUGACCAACUGCGCGGAUGGUGGGGUGCUCGGCGUCGUAACAGGGGUGUUGGGCUGCCUCCAGGCGCUGGAAGUGCUGAAGAUCGCAGCGGGUCUGGGCCCCUCUUACAGUGGCAGCCUGUUGCUUUUCGAUGCUCUCAGAGGCCAUUUCCGCUGUAUUCGGCUCCGGAAGCGCAGGCCCAACUGUGCAGCUUGCGGGGAGCGGCCCACUGUCACUGACCUGCAGGACUACGAAGCUUUCUGUGGUUCUUCAGCUACGGAUAAGUGUCGCUCCCUGCAGUUGCUGAGUCCAAAAGAAAGAGUUUCUGUCACCGAGUAUAAGCAACUUCUGGAUUCUGGGACAUCUCAUCUGUUGCUGGAUGUCAGGCCUCAAGUGGAGGUGGACAUCUGUCGUUUGCCUCAUGCCCUACACAUCCCCUUGAAACGUUUAGAACGAGGGGAUGCGGAGAGCCUGAAGCUCUUACGAGAAGCAGUCCGGGAACGGAAACAGGGCGUACAGGAAGGGGCAGCUGUCCCCGUUUAUGUGAUUUGCAAACUGGGAAAUGACUCCCAGAAAGCCGUGAAGAUCCUGCAGUCCUUAACAGCAGCCCAAGAGUUAGACUCUUUAACAGUUCAGGAUGUUGUGGGGGGCCUCAUGGCGUGGGCUGCCAAAAUUGAUGAUACAUUUCCGCAGUACUGAAACGGCAACUGUAGCCUUAACUUCUGAGAUAUGUGGAUUGCCGUAAUAUCUCAAAGAUAAAUUUAUUUACAUUUUUCAGAAAUGUGAGGAAGAGACUGGGAUUCUACAAAAAUACAUGGGAUCCUUUUUUAUGAGGAGCUUUUUGAUUGGAAUUUAUUGGAUGACUUUUAUUUAAUAACAAGUACUUGUUAAUAACACUGUUUCUGAGAACCCUCUUGUUUUCACCAUUUGGAGAGUUUUGAACCCAUUGUUUGUAAUGUAAGGGACAGAUUUUGUGUUUUAAACUUCAGAUCAUUUAUUCAACCACUUGUUUCUGCCUUACGCCCCUAAAAAAAAAACAAACCUGUUGCUUUUGAGUGGAUUCCACCUUGCAGCAACCCUAUAGGACAGAGUUGAACUGCCCCAUAGGGUUUCCAAGGAGCACCUGGUGGAUUUGAACUGCCAGCCUUUUAGUUAGCAGUGGUAGCUCUUAACCACUAUGCCACCGGGUUUUCCGCUUUCCCCAAAGAUCUUUAAAUGGUCCAUUUUAUGCCUGGAAUUGGGAUGUACAAACUUAGUCUUACCGAAUUGAUCACAGCUUAUUGUUUAGUGAGGUAUUCUUUGGGUUUGAUUUCUACUUCAAAGGAUAGAAUAUUUGAAAUAAGUGUUUUAAUAUUUAAAUUGUUUUAGUUAUCUGGGAAGUGUUAUUCAGUUAAACAUUUUGAAUUAAUUUAAGAUCUUUAAGUCCAAGUCCUAGCCUCUUCUCAUCCUUUUAUUUUGCCUUUUCUACUUUGGUUUAGUGUAUUUUAUUCCGGCAUUUUAUGGAAGUUUAAAUACAGAGUUUUUUGUUUGUUUAACAUUUUCAUGAAAUGGAAGGUAGUCUGCCCUGCCUUCCCUGUAUACAACAAAAUUAAAAGCAGAAAUUUAAUAUAUGAGUAUAUAUCAGUAGCAAGUUGAAAAACAUGCCCUGCCAAAACGGGGUCUCUGUUCUCCAGCUGAUUGUUGACAUGCAGGCCCAUUGUUGUCAGUUUUGUUGUUUUUUUUUUUUUUAAAGAGAAGGCAGAAAUCACAGAUGUAAAAGUGAAAAUCUUUGUAUCUCUGGUGGAAAAUUAAAAAAAAAAAAAAGUUUAAAAACUAUUGUUGGCAAGUCAAAAGCCCUGCAGGCCAGAUUUACUUAGCUGGUCACCACUUUUCAACUUCUGGUAUGGACUCUUGUUAUAAAAAGAUGAUUUUGUUCAGUAAUCGACUUUAAAAUUAGAAUAAACAUCACUUUUUUACUGGGGGACAAACAUAUUGUAAUUCAUUCUUUGAACAACAACAACAAAAAAACCAAACCCGUUAUGAUUGAGUCAAUUCUUUGAACAGAUGAGCUGAAAGUAUGCCGUGCCCUCUGUUAUGAAGAUGGGGCAGGCUUCUGUGACUGCUUCUCUCAAGAAGCUGUGGAAAUAAAUGACUGAGACCUGCAGGGGAGAGCAAAGAUGGCUGGCCUGUGUCUCUCAGCUGUUUAUUCCAGGGACAAAGCUGGUAUAUGUCAGGAAACAGGUAGAUAGAGGAACUAUUUCAUGUAAAAUGGAAUGUCCUAAAGUUAGAGAGUUUUGGUAAAUCCUGCCAACCUGUUAGCCAUUGGAGACAGAUGACAAGAAGCUAACUGCGUGAUUAAGGGGGAAAAGAGUUCACUAAAGUGAUAUGAAGUGUUUUGGGGACAAGCUCAACGAACUUCUAGGAACAAUGCCCCAAACUGACCUUGUGAGCAAACUGUCAGCACUGUGCUGCCCUUGCAGGUACUAGAGGAAGUAGCUGCCACAGCCUUCCCUUGUCCAGGCAAUCUCUGCUCCCCUAAAAGCCCAAUACUCAGCCACUGCACAUGCAGGGGAGAAAGGAGCAGGGUCGGGGAACCCCUGCCAAGAGUGACUUUAGGUUUUCUUCUGAAUCAGUCUCAUGAAGGUGUGUCUGAUAGGCAGAGCCUAGUGCAUGCCUGCAGUUUAGGUGUAAGGGGAGCUGGGAAUUUUGAGUUCUGACUUAAAUUAAGGAGGGAGGACUCAUGAAGUGAGAUUUUCGCAAACAGUGGAAGAAUAUAAUAUGCCCACUAUGCUAUCCAAAUCACUUUUAUUGUUUGAAAUUUUGUUUUCUCUGGGAAUUUCGGCUAGAAUGUGGGUACAGUCUUACCUAUCUUUCACUAUUGUAAGAAAAUCUAAACUUUUUUUUUUUUCAAAAUCUAAGUUAAAUGUCAAAAACUAAUUCCAAUAUUCUGAAACUGUUUCCCAGAAGAAACACUCAGUAGGCUGAAUGAAGCCUGUAGGCUUAAAUAGAAAAGAUCCAUGAUUUGAGUUUUAAAUUUGGUGGACGCAGAGGUGGCUGAAUGUUGGGGGGAAGCCCAGAACAGCUUUAAAAAUUAGGUACCACCUGCAUUUGUGUUUUUCAUUUGUAGGCUAAUCAUCUUAGUUAAAAUAUGAAGAAAAGUAUUUUUUGCUCAAUCAUUUUAACGUCAUCAUUUCGAGAUGUAAAUUAAUUUGAGACUGAUAUUUUCGAAAGAUUGAAAAACUGGAAUCGGGGAGCUACAUGCGCUAUCCGUCCUUUGCUUCUAGUAUUUUGAUGAAUUGGUUGAAUGUAAUUUCUUAGAAAAUGUCCCUGCAUAAUAAGUAAUCAGAGUGAAGAAGGAGGAAAAGAGUAAUGGAAGGGAGAGUUUACACUUGAUACUUGUAAAAAUUUGCACCUGCAUUGUUUUAGGCUAGUUUAGACCCAUAAAUUAAUGGCAGGAGAAAAGAAAGGUAAAUGGAAUAAGUUAAAAAAAAAAAAAAAAAAAGAUUCACUGAAA